CUCACUUCAAUCCAGUGCAAUCUCUGUUGUAAUUUGUUGUUUUGUGCUAUGGAUGAACUUUGUUUAAUUAAUGCUUGUUUAAGUAAUAUUUGUUUUAUUUUGCAUUGUAAUAAGCUGUCAAGCAGAUUUGAGAAAUUUCUUGUUUUAUGUUUUGUGACUAUUAACUAUAUCAACCUCAACAUCUUAAUUUCUUUAAUCACAUUAUUGUUCAACUCUUGUGGCAAUUGAACCCACAUAUAUAUAUGUAGGCCACAGCAGACCCAAGGUAUGUAUGUAUACAAUUGUAUGAAUUUCUCUCAUAUUCUUUUGAUCUAUCAAUUUAGUUAAACUCUUUUGUGGCUAACUUGACAGUCUCUGUUACUUACCUUUAGAUUUUAUGCAGCCAACACACCCAUACUUGGAGAUCAACAAUUAUUUUCAAGUCCAAAAUAGUAAGCAGAAUUUAGAUUGAUUUAAUGCGCUUUCUUGCCUGCCAGCUGCCUCUACACUGGUGAUUAGUUGAUUCUAUUUUUCUCAUCCAAAUAUUAAGUGGUUUUAAAGGAUUUGAUACUGUCUUUUCACCAAAGUGAUUCUUCAUUCAUAUUAUGGUUCUUAUUUGUUUAUCCAAAUGUCAGUUCUAUGUUUUCUCUGUAUCACACAAUCUAUUCAACCAUGUUGCAGGGCUCUUAUAUACUGCUUCUCUGAAGUUGGGCCCUAGUGCUCAGCAUCUGACGUAAUGGAGUUUUUGUGAAUUAGAUAUAUAUGAGUUGGUAUAGUUGGCCUAUUGUUCAACUCUUGCCAUAACAGACCCAAGUUCCCUGCUAGAGCACACUUCUGCAGCCCUUCAUCGUCUUUCCUCCUGCUUUCAGAUUGUGCUUUCUUCUAUACUAGCUGCCUCUACCUUCCUAUUCUACCCUGUGAUUCAUGUGUGAUCAUAUGAAAGUGAAAGGAACAGCAACUACUCACGCGUUGCCUGUACGUACCAACAUUCCAUCACAUCUUUUUCUAAUUAAAGAAUUUUGUGUAAUUAUUAGUUGUUCAAGAUUGAAGAAUUUGUUUCCCUUUGAAAAACUGCGAGCUCUUCACAUUCAUGAUUGCAAAGAGUAAUAGCAUAGAAAAAAGAGGAAGGAAAUCAGACAAUGGAUGGAAGAGCUACAUUCACUCUUCCAAAAUUAACCUACUUUGGGACUUACAUGACGAAACAGAAUUGAAGAGAACCUGCUUGAGCAAUGGAACAUCAUCAAGAAAAUCACUGGCACUACCAAUAAUAGGACGUGGAGCCCGACCGUUUCACAGCUGAUUGGAUGGCUAAAAAUAGUCUUAAAAUCAUCUUGUGUUUGAAAUCCCUUCCAAGGGUAUUUUGGCAUAUCAUUCUUGCUGAAGCUGAUAGUAUUGCAUCCCUAGAAUUACUAAAUAAGUCAUACCCUUUUGAGUCAUGAAGCAUAUAUAUCAUAUAAGGCUUAGCAAAUCAGCACUCUGUCAAUUUCAAAACAUUGAAAUUGAGAGGAGUUCAAAUUCGGAUCAUCAAUAUAUGUGAUUUAAUUUGAUUCCGCAAGCAGAUUGGUGUCAUUUUUACCAUCAAAAUUUUUUA